UGUAUAUUUUUUUUUCGCGAUUGCUUCGAUAUUUACUGAAGAUAUAAAGAAACGAAGCUCACCAAGCAAGAAGAGAUUAAUUAUAAUACAUGUAUAUGUAUAUAAAUAGUCUGAGAAAAAGUUUGAAUCGUGCGCAAAGAGAAGAAAAGAGAUGAGAAUCGAAGCGCACGAUUGUUGAUUUCCGAUCAGUCGCUAAAGCCGUGGAAAUGUCGCUCUCAACUAUUGACGCUUCGUUCUGUUGAAACAAUGAAGUGCACCGAGGAAUACGAGAAAAGGAUGAGUUGCUAGUUAUGCUUCCGUCUACCGGUUAUUUCAAAGCUAUUAUUUGCCCUUUUUACGAAAACGGCUCCUGCGACAGGCCCUAUUGUCAUUUCAAACACUUCCGCCGAGAUAUCACAUUCCGUUCCAAAGUCUCACAAUCCGUCAAAGAUGAUUCUACGAGUAUGGGAACGACAUCGGCGUGCCGGUCCGAGGCGGUUGAAACAAUUGAAAAAACGGAGAGCUCCGCGGUGGGGUCCGGAGCAAAGGACAAAGCGGAAAUUCAUUUGUUGGUUAAUGAAGCUGUGAAAAAAUUACUGGAGGGCCAAGAAGUCGAGGACACCAGAGCGAUGACGGAUAAAAUAGUUGCUCAAGUGGUGGAGAAAUUGAAGCCCUCUAUAUCGUCUAACUCGGCGACCGGUUGCAUCGUUGGAGCUCAGAAAACAUCGAUCGCCCAUGCGUCUGGCAAACACACGGGCGUACCGGGUUGCGUGACGAAACCAUCGGUCUGCGUUUACAAUCCUACACCGAUAUCCGAAUUAAAGAAACGCCAUAUUCCGGUGCCGGUUUAUAUGCCAACGAGAGAAAAUCGUGUAGCUCCUAAGAGAAAAUCGUCGUCGGACGUUUUAACGAAACCGUGGCUCAAAAUGCUUCAAGAGUCGAGCAGUUUUGAGAUGACUUACAAGCCAACCGCGAUUGUGAAUCCAUCGCAGGAACCGGCCGCCGCGACGGUAGCGGCGACGGCAGUCGCGGAAACCUCAUCGAAAACUUAUGUGCCGACUCUUAGGUCCGACAAUUCGUCGUCAAAUUCGUACGACGAUGGUAAUUCGAACGAUUAUUCGGGCAAAGUAAAAGAUGCUUAUUAUCCGAAAUCGAAGAAGAGACGGGAGGAAUAUGUACCGAAGAAAAUAAAGACACCACUGAAAAACGUUCAUCAACAAUUGGAAGAUUCGGUGCUCGAGGAUUUCGAGCCGGAGUUCAACAUUAUCGAUGAAAUACUGACUUCGUCACCGGGAACGACUCUGAUCGACGAUGUUCACGCGUCAAUGGAAAACGAAAAUUCCGAAGAUCUUUGCUACAUCGAACCCAAAUUCUCAGAGGACGAGGAGGAAGAGGAGGAGGAGGAGGAGGAGGAGGAGGAGGCGACGGCGACGGCUCCAGCUCCGACAGGGGCGGUGGAAGGGCAAGAGGAAGAGGAAACUGAAGGAACAAUCACGGUUGAACCGCCGAUGGCCAAAAAAGUACAAAGAGGUGCCCCAAAUGUCGAAACAAUUCCAAGAGACAUCCCUAAUGUCGUAGCGAAAGAUGAAAGUGCCCAAGUUGGAAUUAACGAAAGCGAACAGAAGAAAUUACGAAAAAGCUGCCACAAGACUCAAAGCCAUGAAAAAAGAUACAAAGAUACAAACAAUUCAAGGCGCAGCAGUAGCAAAGACGACAAGGGGCGACGAGCCUCUAGCGUCGGUGAAGAGCGUAACAAGAAAAAAGAACGCUUGGAAUCAAGUAGUAAAAGCGAUGGCGGUAGUAAGAGAGAGGAAAGAGAAACUCGGAGAAAGGAAGAUCGGAGCAAGAGAAAGGGUCAUCAUGAAAAUAAGAGCGGUCACGAUAAAAAUGAGAGUAGAGACAAAAAUAGGCACAAUAGUUCUAGCAAAAGAGAGAAAAAACGUUCCUCAACUCCGAACAAAGAUAAAGAUAAAGAUAGAAGUAAGGAUAAUCGGAAUAACGAUGUGAAGAGGAUGAGUUCUCAUAGCAGUAAAAAAGACGCUACUACCUCGAGCUGUUUGAGCAAAGACGACAAGUUAUCUGGCUCGAGGAGCGAUGACGGUAAAACUCGCGAAAAAUCGAGACGCGACAACAACAAACACCCGUCGUCAAGUUCCACCGCUUCCUCUCUUUCAAAAUCAAAAAAUUCGAAUAAACAUCAAAGUCACAAGAGCGAUGAAAAAAAACGCGGUAUUUCGCGUUCUGGCUCUUCUCACAAAUCUGACAAAACUGAUGAUAAAAAGUCGAGGAGUCAUCGUCGUCGUAAAGAAUCGAGCAGUGAAACGAGCAACGUUGAGCCGGACGAUCGUUCCGAUAGCCCAUUGGAAAAUCAUCAUUCAUUCAACGAAGAAUCAUUGAUGCAGACCUCGGACUCUGACCACGACGUCGAGGAAGAAUGUUUGAAGAUCUUUCAGGAGUACGAGCCUUCCGAUCGUCCCAAAGGAGUUACAGCGAGAGAGAGAAAAAAAAGUCAGCCGGAAGAUAGCAACGAGGAGGUGGGAAGAAAACGCGUGGCUCACCCUUCGGCAGCGGAAACGGCCGUACAUUCGCACCGACAGAAACAUCCGAUUCCCAAAGCUCCGCUUCCUCAACAAAAAAUGUACGAGCGUUGGCGUAACGCAAGAGAAGCGGUAGAGAAAAAAAAUGCCGAGGGAAAGGUCGUCAAGGAGGAGGAGGAGGAGGAGGAGGAGGCGUCAUCGUCGAGCAAGCAAAUGGAGAAGAAAGGGAUUCCCGUAACGGCUCAAGAAUCGAGAAUUCAUUCCGUCAACGCAAUGUCUCAGGCUUCCGCUUGUAUAAACGCUCAGAUCAAUGGAAACGGAAAAAUCCGAAUCGCUCACGUUCCGUAUGCAAUGGCGCUGGCUUUGAAAAAGAAACAAGUAACCGAGUCAAAGGCGGCAAUGGAAGAAAGGGCGUUAGCGGCAUUGCAAGCGAGGACCGCUGCACAAACGGCGAAAGGGUCGCGCGUCGCUCACAUACCACAAGUGGUACCCCAGCUGGUGGCACCCGAGCCGCUACAAGCCGCGACGCAAAAGUUUCCGAUAAACGUUCGGCAGUACUACGUCAACAUGAUGCACGUUAUAUGCGUCCAAAUAUACACGAAAGGAGAAGACGCGGCUGAGCGAGCGCUACGAGAAGAAUUGGCCUGUCAUGAUCGUUGCAAAGCUCUCUCCGUUUACAAGAAUUCAUGUAUGCUCGCGACUCACAGAUUACGGAAAGAGGCCGAACAAGGAACAAACGGUGAAGAUUCAUUACCAUCGGCCAGCGGUAUCGUUUCUCACAACGCUGUUCUCGCAGGCAAGUCGAAAGGUUCGUGGAGCGUUGAAAAAACUAAAAAAUCCGUUAAGGAUUAUCGAGGAGCUGCUCUCUAUGAAAGGCUUAGAAAGUGGAUCGCCACUGAUCAACAAUUGAAGGACAACGGAUAUCCAAGACCUCAUCCCGAUGGAUCAAAAGGACGCGCUAAAAUUUAUGUCGCCAACACGAGGAAUCAGUCGAUUCUUUCGAAAGUGCCUAAUGAGCGUUACUGCUCAAGAUGCUGCAAACCUUUCGUCGUCGACAAGCACGGAUUUCCGGUGGUACAAGAAAAUUGUAUUUAUCAUUGGGGACGAAAAUUCACGACGAGAGGCGAAUCAAAAUAUACGUGCUGCCAGCAAUAUGGAUUUGCUUCGGGCUGCGCCGAUGGAAAGUAUCACGUUUGGGAUCACGUUGAUUAUGAAAAUCUUCGGGGUUACGUUAAAACUUUGCCCAAAGAUUCGCCAGCCGAGUCACAAGGUGUUUACGCUCUUGACUGUGAAAUGUCGUACACGACUCAGGGACUCGAGCUGACCAGAGUUACCGUCAUAAAUGACAAAUGCAAUAUCAUUUACGAGACUCUCGUUAUGCCUGAGAAUCCAAUACUCGACUACAAUACAAGAUUUUCAGGCAUAACUGAGGAAACUAUGAAGGGCGUUAAAACAUCGCUUCUCGACGUUCAGGCGACCUUAUUGACCAUGUUUUCCGAAAAUACGAUAUUGAUCGGUCACAGUUUGGAGAGUGAUUUCAAGGCGUUGAAACUUAUACACGACACGGUCGUUGACACAAGUAUUAUGUUUCCCCACAAAAACGGACCCCCCCAUAAGCGGGCCCUCAAGAAUUUGUGCUCCGAGUAUCUUCGAAAAAUUAUACAGAACGAGGUCGGUGGCCACGACAGUGCGGAAGAUGCGAUUGCCUGCAUGGAUCUCAUACACUGGAAGGUCAAGGAAGAGGCGAAACUCGAAUAAGAUAUACGAUAUACGUAUUAUAUUACGUAUAAAAAAGACAAUUUCAAAGUUAAGUAAGGAAUCUACGAGCGAGCGAGCAAGCGAGCGAGCGAGCGAACAAACGAACGAACGAACGAACGAAUGAACCACGAACCGAACGUGAGCCAAAUUCUAAAACAUUUUUAUUUUCUUUUCAUCCAUCAUAGUCGAGUUAUUUUUCUCUCUCUCUCUCUCUCUCUCUCAUCGUCUCUUCUUGCUCAUAAGAAAUUCUAAUAAAAAUUAGCAACAAAUAUUCCAACGACUUAUGAGACAAGGCAUCCUUUUAUAUUUCUUUCUUGGCUCGCACGAAACAUGUUUCAUCUUUGUGAUUCACAAGAAUUUUCUCUGUAUACUCUACAACUCUAUGUACUAUAGUUUUUUUUUUUUUUUUUGUAUAAAUGUGUAAAGUAUACUCAAUUCAUUUUGCUUUUUCGUUUUUGUCUUAUUUAUUUAUAUAUUUUUCAAUUCGUUUUUCAUUUCACGAAGGAGCAUUGAAAAGGAAAAAUAUAUAAAAUUAUUCUAUAUGAUCACUGUGGGUUGAGGGGCUAGAAUGGAGUAAGAAUUUUGCACAGGAGAAAAAAAAUGACAGAUUCAUCGUUAUUCCUACCUCCAUACUUUGAUUAGUAUUUUUGUACUUGGUUAACUGUUUAUACUUUGAAUCAUCAAAUACACAACGUUAUAACCCCCAA